AUGCCUGAAUCCUUGAUGGCCCGAGUCCGGUCUAUCCAUAUUGAGCAGGUCCUCAAGAAACAUGCCAUCAACUGGAGCAACCUUGAGCAGCAGCGGAAGAGAGUAAACGCGCUCAUGCAUUCGUGGCGUGUGGAAGAAUUCACCAAAUGUCGAAACUCUGACGAUCCCGGUGUCAUCAAGAUCAUGAUGGCAGCAUCCCCUUUGACAUUCAAUAUCAUGAUGGAUGAGUGGUUGCAACUCUCCGCUGGUAUGGCUCCUUCCUUUUUGCUCCCUGACCCAACUAAUUCCGAGCAGAGCGGCAAGCUAUAUGGCAACCAAUAUUGA